AAGAAUUUCACACGUAUGGUUUCCUCUCCAAAAAUUUAUAUUGAAGCUCCUUUUUCCCUCCAUAGAAACCCUAGAAGGGACAGAAGCUCUCUGCUCCUUCCUCUCGGGGGCUAACCCAAAUACUCACACACAGAGAUGCCACGUGGUGGUGGUAACUACUACAACUUCACGAAGAUCAGGGACGCCAUUGAUUCCGUCGGCGCCAAGGUCAACGUAAUCGGCGUCGUCCUCGAGUGCGGCUUCCCUCGCCAAACCAGAGGCACCGAUUGGUUCGUUUCGGUGCGUAUAAUCGAUGAGACGCAUCAGGAUCCCGGGUUGUCAGUUAAUAUAUUUACAGAUAGGAAUGAAUGUCCUCGCAUUUUAUCUGUUGGAGACAUAAUUCAGUUCCAACGCGUCACGAUUAAUCAUCAUGUAGGUAAAGUAAAUGCUGUUUUUUGCAAGAAGUUCUCUACCUUUGCUAUUUAUUACAGAAGUGACAAUACAAAUUUAAGUCCUUAUCAUGCUUGCAAAACAUUUCGCGAGAGAGACCAUGACAAGAACUUUGUGAUAGACUUGAGAAGUUGGUUGAAGAAUUUCCAUUUUCACGAAGGUGCAAAUUAUUUCUCAUUUGUCAGAGAAAUGAAAGGAGGUGAAGAUUUUAAUUUGGUUUGUAAAAUAAUCCAUAUCCAUGAGGGUGCUGGAAAUGAAUGGAUGGCCUUUGUUUGGGAUGGAACCGAUGCUCCACCAGCAGAUAUUCUUCAAAAGCUAGAAGAUGAAAUGAAGCACCCACUUCCCCUACAUCUGGAACCAUUUCCUUUGCCAAGUGAUACCUUAUGCAGCAGCUUUCCUGCUGUUGGAACUGUCUUAAGAGUGAUAUCUCAGGACCUUGAGAAUGACAACCUUCGCCUGCUAAAAACUGGGGAGUGGGUGAAGCUUGUAAAUUUGCUAUGUGAAGUGCAUGCAGGAAUAUGGCGUUGUGUUCUGACACCCUUUACAAAGCUUCGAUAUACACCAAAAGAGGACCGUCUCAAACUCGAGCGGAAAAGGUUAUUUAACGAACAAUUAGCCCAAAGUCCAGAAAGUUUAAUGCAGAUGCCAUUUGGGGGCUUUCCCUCGCCUCAAGUCACAGAGGUUGAUGAUAGUGACGACGACCAUGCAAUAUUUCUUACCUUAAUGGAUGUUGUUGCAAGUUCAGAGGUCCCAGCUAGUUUCAAGUGUGUAGUCCCAGCUAGUUUCAAGUGUGUAGUUCGAGUCAUAGCAGCUUUCCCAUGGCAGGCUGCGGACUUCCUCUUUCCUGCUGGGAUUGACAGAAUUAGGCUGACUCUGGAGGACUCGACCGCUAGAAUUCAUGCUUUUUUGUAUGCAGAAGAUGGGGUGAAAUUUUUCGGUGGCCAGUCCUCUGUCGAGGCACUGGAGAUCAAACGCAAUGCCUUGUUAGGAGUGAGAGUAAAUACUGAUGGGGCGCAAGACGACACUCGUAGAAAUCCUCCUUGGGUACAAGUUCGGCUAAAAUCUGAAACUAACCAGCAAGGAAAUCUGCACUACCGGGUUUUCGGCACCAAAGUGGUGGCGGCCUGAAUCAUUAAACCGCUGGAGAUCUAUUUUGCAAGUUGUCUGCUGAGCUAAAUAUUCCCUACCAACUCAACUUUGGGAACUUUUGUAUAUUCUGUCAAAAAGCUUUUGUAUAUGAUGCAGCUCGGAUUAUGUUUUCGUGUAAAUAAUUUGUAGGGCUUGAUUGUAGUAACGCUUUGCAAGAUGAAGAUCCGAAGGCAGCCCGCAAGGUUGAACGCGGUCUCUGCCGGCUGCCCUAAGAUGGGAAGAAUGAAAAACAAAAUAGUGCGAAGCUGGAGUGACAAAACAUGUUUCUGCAUGAGCUACCUGGCCAUAGGUAAGUGUUCGUGCACCCUGCUCAGAUGCCUUUCUGCAUCAGUGCGCAAACCGGAUUCUCGGUCGCCAUAUUUGUCAAGAAUCCACGCAGCGUUACUCCGCGUAUCCUCAUACCCUAACUCGGCCAUCCUUGAAUACAAGGAAAAUGCCUGCCCUGUCCAUGCCCCCUUGUAACUAUGAUUCUAUUAAAAGUACAUUCGUGGCUCAAUAAAUGAUAAAAUCGUUUUCAGUUGUCUUAUUAA